AAUGUGAUAAGAGAUAAGAGAUAAGAUAAGUCAAGGAAGAGAGAGAGAGAGUGAGUGACACCGGGACAGACGCUCGCAAGCUAUAUUAGUUCAACUUGGUCGCUUACAGUACCCAGUCUUCCCCAUCGCCCUUCAGAGUCCACUGUUUACAAAUAAAGACUAGAGAUGGCAGCAGGAGAGGGCAGUGGCGGCGGCGGAGGCAAUGCUGGAUGGUCUAUCUUCUGGCUUAUUGUACUUAUUUUCCUUGGCUUCUGGCUGGCCGGAUUCUGUGCCUUCUUGUACAUCAUCUUUAAUAUAUUCGCUGCCUGCAUUGAAGGACUGAAUCCGGUCUGCGACAUCCUGCUCAAGGGCAUUCAGUUCACGGGGACCUGCGCGCAGUGUAUGGUGAAGGGAACGCCCGUCAACGAGGCUUUUAGCUAGACGCGACGAAAACGAGGACGAAGGGGACAGAAACGAUGGAUUCCCCUGGGUGUUAGGCCCAUCAACGGGGUUUUUCAGUUAGGAAGCCGAAGACGAAGGGAAAAAAUGAUCGAUUUUCCCCCGUGUGUUAUUUAUUGUGGUUGAGUUGGCAUACACACACACACACACACACACACACACACACACACACACACACACACACACACACACACACACACACACACACACACACACACACACACACUUUUGUAACGGAAACAACAGCCUGAUAAAAUGUUAUCUCUGUGUCAAUCAGCUAACAAGAGGAAUGUCUAGUGUCACAGAGAUAAACUAUGAGAUAGAUGAUUCACUAAGAUUCAAAUAUCAUAUAUUUGUGACCUAGAAUGUCCGUGAUUUUACUGAUAUGUUAUCAGUGGAUUAAUAAAAGUUUACUACAAA